AUGGUUGAAGAUUCAAGAGUUAGAGAUGCUUUUAAAAGCGGUGAACAAAAGGCAUUGCCGGCCUCUUUGGUUCCACAAGCACCUACUGUCUUGACAUCAAAGGAUAAGAUUACCAAGCGAAUGAUUGUGGUAUUAUCUAUGGCCUCUCUCGAGACACAUAAGAUAUCGUCUAAUGGACCUGGUGGUGAUAAGUAUGUUCUUUUGAACUGUGACGACCAUCAGGGUUUAUUAAAAAAAAUGGGUAGGGACAUUAGUGAGGCAAGACCAGAUAUCACCCACCAGUGUCUUUUGACUCUGCUGGAUUCUCCAAUCAACAAAGCUGGGAAAUUGCAAGUCUACAUUCAGACAAGUCGAAACAUUCUCAUCGAAGUUAACCCUACCGUUCGUAUACCAAGAACUUUUAAAAGAUUUUCUGGUUUAAUGGUUCAAUUACUACAUAAGCUAUCUAUCAGAUCCGUAAAUUCUGAAGAAAAACUACUGAAAGUAAUCAAGAACCCGAUUACCGAUCAUCUACCUACCAAGUGCCGUAAAGUUACGUUAUCCUAUGACGCACCUGUUAUCCGUGUUCAAGAUUACAUUGAAAAACUAGACGAUGACGAGAGUAUAUGUGUAUUUGUCGGUGCCAUGGCGAGAGGUAAAGAUAACUUCGCAGAUGAGUACGUCGACGAAAAAGUCGGUCUGUCCAAUUACCCAUUGUCCGCCUCAGUUGCGUGCUCUAAGUUUUGCCACGGUGCAGAAGAUGCUUGGAAUAUUCUAUAG